GCUCACGGAGAUGAGAAAAUUAGAGUGAAAAAAUCUUCUGGAUAUAUUUAUGUUAACGAAACGUGUUCCUGUUUUUGCAGGAUUUCAACGUACGACAUUUCUGUGAAUUCUGUUGCUGCUUUUCCUCGAUUUCGGGACAAGACAGGAUUCUGCAUCAGUUGGUGAUAUUCAAGAAACCCAGGAAUUUUCUUAUCCCACUGGAUGGAGUUUUCAUAGAUUAAAUCAUUGUUUUUCUGGAGAUCUCAUUAUUGUCACACCUGCUGCAUUAUAGAUUGGAUGGACAUACAGGUUGUGACUUCAAAGAUGAAUCGAUAGAGGAAGUUAUCAACUGUGAACAACAAGUCCAAGGGACAGGCCUUCCAACAAGUGGCAGAAAAUGGAUAAUCUCCCUUUGACGUGAUCCUGAAAUAAUGAGAAACUGUCAACAGAUGUCGCUAUGGCGUAUCAGUGGCAAAAACUAAGUCCUGCUCAAUUCCAUCAGCUUCAGGAGUACACCUCGUAUUCAUCACGUAAACUGAAAGAUGUACUGGAAGAAUUCAACGGAGAUGGUGUGCUGUCAAAGUACAACUCAGAAGGGCCAAUCGGAUACGAGGGUUUCAGUUUGUUCAUGGAGACGUACCUUGAUGCAGAAGUGCCAGAGGAACUAUGCAAACAUCUCUUCCUGUCAUUUAUGAAGAAACCGUCGCCACAGACAGGCACUGUGGGGUCAGCAUCCACAUCCAGCCAUCCCUCUGGAACAAACAACUCUGGACCAGACAAAGCCAUCGGGGAGUCUGACCCUGCCUCCGAGGGCAUCAAUCAUUCACGGUCAUCCUCAAAGAAAUCCAACCAUAGUGUACAGACACAACACAAUGGUCACUCCAUGGACUCCAUCGACCCCUGGGUGCGACAGUCCAACUCCAGUCUACUGCGGGCCAGUACUGCUGUGGAGCUUAAGUCUGUACGGAACCGGUCCACCAGUGCAGACAUCAAGUCUGGUCACAUUUACCUGAAGGAUCUGGUGUGUUACCUGUCUCUACUGGAGGCGGGGCGACCUGAGGACAAGCUUGAGUUCAUGUUUCGUCUGUACGAUGCUGAUGGUAAUGGCCUGCUGGACUCAAGUGAGCUAGAUGCCAUUGUAAAUCAGAUGAUGUCAGUUGCUGAGUACCUCGGUUGGGAUGUGUCAGAGCUCAAACCUAUUUUACAGGACAUGAUGGUGGAGAUAGAUUACGACUCUGAUGGCACUGUCACACUAGAGGAGUGGAAAAGAGGUGGGAUGACCACUAUACCUCUUCUGGUUCUACUAGGUCUUGAUUCAAAUGUAAAAGAUGAUGGAAACCACACUUGGAGGCUGAAGCAUUUCAAUAAGCCCGCCUACUGUAAUCUUUGUCUCAACCUACUGGUGGGGCUGGGCAAGCAGGGAUUGUGUUGUACAUUUUGUAAAUACACUGUACAUGAGAGAUGUGUUCAUCGGGCACCUGCCUCCUGUAUCACAACCUACGUCAAGUCAAAGAAAACAUCCCAGGGGGAACCAGAGGCUAUGACCCACCAUUGGGUUGAGGGUAACUGUUCUGGAAAAUGUGACAAGUGUCGUAAAUCUGUAAAAAAUGGUGUGACAGGCCUUCAUUGUCGCUGGUGCCACACAACGUUACAUAACAAAUGUGCAUCACAAGUGAAGCCCGAGUGUGACCUUGGAAUUAUGAGAGACCACAUACUACCACCCACUUCUAUAUGUCCUGCUGUACUGGAGCGUCAAAGGACAGGGUCUGCAGGUGGAAAGAAUGAGAAGAAAGGAGUGACACGGACAAACUCCACCACAUUUGACGUGUCUGGCAGCACGCCGGGUCAAAACUCAUUUCAAAUUACCCCAGUCCAUGGUAGUCAUCCUCUUCUUGUCUUCAUCAAUCCCAAAAGUGGGGGCAAACAGGGUACAAAAAUUUUAAGAAAAAUGCAGUACCUGUUAAAUCCGCGCCAAGUACAUGAUAUGAUCAAACAAGGCCCGAUGCCUGGGCUACAGUUUUUCAAGGAUGUACCAGGAGUACGGGUGUUGGUGUGUGGUGGCGAUGGCUCAGUUGGCUGGCUCAUUGAGGCAAUGGAUAAGUUGAAUUAUAAGGAGAGACCUCCAGUAGCUGUACUACCGUUGGGUACUGGUAAUGACCUAGCUCGCUGUCUACGCUGGGGCGGUGGCUAUGAAGGUGAGAGCUUGAUUAAGGUCCUCCAAAGGAUUGAACAUGGUACAUCAGUAAUGAUGGACCGCUGGCAGAUAGAGUUCAGCAAACCUGAGGAGGGGGAGGAGGAAGAGGGUGACCCAAUUCCAUACAAUAUAAUCAACAAUUACUUUUCCAUAGGUGUAGAUGCAUCCAUUUGUCAUAGAUUCCAUGUAAUGCGCGAGAGACAUCCUGAAAAAUUUAAUAGCAGGAUGAAAAAUAAACUGUGGUACUUUGAAUUUGGAACGUCCGAAACAUUUGCAGCAACCUGCAAGCAUCUUCAUGAAGAUAUAGAUAUUAUGUGUGAUGGAUAUUCACUUGACCUGGCAAAUGGGCCUCGGCUGGAGGGUAUCGCUCUACUCAAUAUUCCAAGCAUUUAUGGUGGCACCAACUUAUGGGGAGAUAACCCUAGCCAGAAAAAGCGCCGGAAAGCCCAGAAAGCAGCAAAAAAAGACAAAGACAAAGAAUUUUCCACGAGUAGUAUGUCAUCUGCAGAAUUAGCCAUUUCAGUUCAAGAUGUCGGCGAUAGCAUGAUCGAGGUGGUCGGGCUGGAGAACAGUAUGCACAUGGGUCAGGUAGUCGCUGGACUUCGAGCCUCAGGUCGGCGGCUUGCUCAAUGUGGACAGGUUGUGAUCAGGACAAGGAAACGAUUCCCCAUGCAAAUAGAUGGAGAGCCAUGGUUACAACCUCCGUGUACAAUAAACAUCACUCAUAAAAACCAAGUCCCUAUGAUGAUGGGUCCCGCUUCCAACAAAAAGUCUUCACUUUUCAAAAUGUUCAAGAAAUAAAGAUACUUUUACUCAGUAUAGCCGUACAGAACGGAGCACACCAAUAAAAAAUAUGGCAGCAGUAUUUAUUUUCUCUACCGUCAUCAGUCUAGUACCCUGAUGUUUCUCCAGUGUCAAGCCUGUGGCUACUCUCAUAUUUCAUCGUCUGGCUAUUGUUCACUCUACCGAACCGUCAAGAUCGCUGCCCCCAGUGAUCUGCCAUAACCCCCAUCGUCCGGUUAAUGGUCAUUCUACCUCAGGUGACCAUUGCCAUGACUGAACGCGACAUUCAGGUGUGCUCGAUAGCACCUGUAAGCUAUUGCAGUACCUGGUCACCAUGCCUCAACCGUCAGUUUACCUGACCUGCACUUUGACCUCUCUUCCAUCGUGCGCAUUUACCUCAAUGGUCACUGCCUCACCGUGACCAUAACAUCACUCCAUCCUGUAGUUUAUGGUCACCACCCGAAAUGACCAUUACACCUCACCAAAAUUCCGUUCCGAAAAUGUCAAGAGAAUGUGUUCUUCAGCAGACCUUCCGAAAUUUCCUGUUAACUUCCAGAAUUGAAGCCUGUGUCGAAUCCUUGAGAUACACAUUCAAAUACGAACAAGGGCCAUUGUGAGGACCACAGAGGUCAUUUGCCAUAUUUUAAGCAAAAUGCCUGCUGCAUUGUGUUACAUAGUUUUGAUGGAGUAUAGGUUCGUUAUGACCAGUACUGGUGUUGUGAUAUUGAAGUACUAGUAUCAACGAACACUUUCUGAACACCUUCAAAUAUCUAUUCCGACAACCCUACAAUAAUGACACUAUUGUUGUCCUUUAGACCGUAGUCAAGCAGUUUCGACCCGUUGACAACCAUUCCCCAUUCAGUGAAGUAUAUCUGGGUUGAAUUUCUUAUUUUAGCUUGGUUUUGUUUUGUUAUAUCGAUAUUUCCCGAAUGAAGGUGUAAUCUUAAUGCCAGAUAGAUAUGCAUCGAAACAAAUUUGAUAAAAUUUGAUACAAUGAUUGCAAAACCAUGAGUGAAGUCAGCAGUAGAUAGUUGCUAAGAAGGCGCCACCAGCCAUAUAAGAUCAAAAGAGAUAUAAUACAAUGCCAUAAGUGUUGCCUCAGAUUUAAGUAUUCUGUGAAAUUUAGUUCAGAGAUUUUUCAGAUGAGCAUGAAUAUAUACAUUUGGCUGUAAAUAGCAUUGAUCAAAAGGAAAAAGGCUCUUCUUAAGAAAUGUAAGGUGUGUAACUGUUACUGUUCAAAUAGACGUAUCAGCACUUUAUCAAAGCAAGUCGAGAUCGUUGAUCUAUUAUCAACUACUGUAGAGCAUGCGGUUGAAAAAAUAGGUAAAAAUAUUUAUCAAAUUCAAGCUGUUUGAAUUUGUACUUUAAAAUUCAAUUUUAUCAACUGACUGCUUACUUGCUUGAAAAUGAUCUGUGUCAUCUGGAUUACCCUAUAGUUUUCAAUCAAAGCCAAUAACUAGAUGUUAUUUAGCCAGGUACAAGAAUAUCUGCAUUCAUGUUAUUUAUUGUUUCAGUUCUGCUCGCUUUGUAGAAUUCAAAAGAACUUAAGGCAACUUUUCAUGUUAUUUUGUAAUUAUUUGGCAAUGCACCCCUAAUAUUUUCACUAUUGCAGUCGUUACUUAAAAUUAAAGAAACACGCUAUUGAAGGCGCGACCAUUUUUUCUGUGAUAGUUUCAAUGUUCCCGGAAUCCAGGAGCAUCAUGAAAACGGGAUAUCAUUUCGCAGCAUCAUGGAAACGGGAUAUUACUUCGUAAUCGAGCACCCUUCGCUUCCAAAUAUUCCUUCUCAUUCUUCCGGACUUUUCCCACCGACUUGGGUUUAUCUAUCUUUUACUCAACAAAAUCGUUCUCUUCUGUUGUCCUAUUUUCAUUCAGUGCUCCUGGUAUUAUAUACGUUAUGAUAUAGAAAAUUCCAGAACACGUUGACAAAACUUCAAGUCGAACAGGAUUUGGUGGAAUGAUGCCAGAUCACAUACCAGUUUAUCUGGUACUUCAAAUUUUAGUCCGGUUAACAUUAUACAACGGUAACCACCGACUAUCAAUUUCGCGGGGAUAUAUUUUCGUAACUUUUUUGAAUCAGGUUACAUUUUUACGCGACCACUUCAUGCUUUCUCUGCUGUGGGGCGGUGAAACCAAAGACAUUGCUCAAGUCAGCCCUGUGGCCCCUACGUUCAAUGAAUGGAAUUAACCGUCCGUUGUCAUGGAUACUACAACAAGUGGUCUUUAGGGAUGAAAGGGAUUUGUAGCGUAGUUAAAAUUGAACACAACAAACCUUUGUGUUCCAUGCUCAUUUUGCUUUAAAUUUGUGAUGACGAUUUAGUAGAUAAUCAGUUGGUUAAGAACUGUGUGAAGGACAAAACUUAAAGGUAGUGUGAAAAACAUUGAUCAGAAAACGUAGACUUAGGAUAAAUGGUUAAGACAGAAGGUCAACAUAUGGAAAGUGGACAUAGGAUCAAGUUUAAAAUGUAUUUUUGUAAUAAUUUUUUUUCUUAUACAUGUAUUGAUCUUCAAAAAUGUUCACAAAUUCAUGGUUUGAGCAAUUUUUCUGCUGUCAAAAUUUUCCAUGUUCACUUCUGAUGUCUUUCGAACUUUUUUUCUGGAAUUAUUUUCAUUUUCACACAAAAUAAAGUUAGGAAGCGAUCGAUUGACUUGUGGCCGAGAUAGAUUUUUUUGUUGAUAUUUUAGCUAAAAGAAAUAAGCAUUAUGAUACAAAGUCUGGUGCAAGAGAUCCAGUACAACAACGUAGCAUUGGAUCGGUGUUUUUAUACUUUUUAUAUUAUGAUAUAAUGCCUCCAUUUCAUAUAAAACUGUAGAAAAGUUUUCAAAUCUGCAGAAAUUCGAAAAGUUGAUGAUAUACCUUACGUCCUGUGUUUGAAUUAUAUACAGGAGAUAUGUAUUGACCAAAGUGUUUAUUACGGUGUAAACAUUCUUGAAUUUCGGUUAUACAUGCACGUGGUUGUCUUAUUACUUUGUUUUUAUCUCAAUUUUCUCACUGCACAAUUAUGGUUGAAUGAAUGUUGAUGGUGUUAUAAUGAUAUGAAAUUCAAGAAUAUUUACCGAAAUCAUUUUUCUUCGUCUUCAUUUCUAAAGAUAUAUUGUGUUUUGAGUUUGUGUGAUUAAGUGUUAUAUAUUAUAUAUAAACUGUUGUAAUAUCUAUAUAUAUAAAGUAUAUAAUCUAUAUAUAUAUAUAUGUAUAUAUAUAUAUAUAUAAAUCUACCAAUGUAUAUAUUACAUUUUUGUUUUCUAAAUGUUAAGCGUUUGCUUUACAAUACUUUCAUCUGUAGACGUUACUGUGGAAACAAAUAUUCAGUAUUUUUACCGAAAAUCCUGUUAUAUAACUAAUGCGAUGUUCAAACCAUCACAAAUGAAGUAUGUCCGUUUUUGUUCUAGUGUACAAAUAUGAUUAUAACCGUCUCGAUUGACCAUAUUUCCAUAGUUAUGUUCGAAAAAAGCUGUUACAAAAUUAUGACGAUGUCUCAAAUUAUGUGUAAAAUAGCUAAAUGUAUCUGUAUGGCCAGGCCAGGUAAAGAAGGAUUAUCAGAAAGUUAGGAUAGCUAAAUAUCAUGUGAUUCUUCCUCAUUAUAUUUACGAUAUGGUUGUCUAUGUAAAUACGUAAUGACACCUGAGAAAAUUUCAUUAUCGAGUUAUAAAACACAUUUUUACUUGGGCAUACAAUACAUAAUUACGUUUUAGUAUGACAGUUAUUAUGGCUCAAAAACUGUCAUUACUUGGGUGUAGUCUAUGUUUAGUGCCAGACGCCUUAAAUUCAUCAUGAGUUCUCUGAACACUAAUCGGUAUAAAAUUGAUUGUUUUGGACGACGUAGUUUGUGAAACAAGAAGUUUGAUAUGUCUUAUUGAGGAUCUGAAUCAGCCAAAAUUGAAACAACCUGUAUUUAUUGUUAAUAUAUCGAUGACGAUGAUAUUCGAGACAUACUUUAAACCUUCAAGUGUUUGUUAUUGGUUCAGUUCAUCGUAAAUUUACAAGACAAACAGAUUUUUGCAGAUUCCUGUUUCUGUGGUUUGAUGUUUUGAAACUAAGAACGUUAGUACUGAAAAUAUCAAAUACUUCUAUUAGAUAGUUCACGUGGUUACAUUUCAUCAGCACGAAAGUGAAAGAUAUGAUUAGAUGCAUGUCAAUUAAAGAAUGGUUCUUUAUGUGCUUUUUACGAUACUUGCAAAUAGAAUUGAAUACCAUUUGCGAUACACCAAUUUCUAAAAACUUGGAAUCCAUCGUUGACAAUAAUGAAGAAAAAUCGGAGCUAUUCAUUCAUAAUCAAUACGUUUGGAUAGUCGUUUAUUUGUAGGUAAAUCCUCUUGUAAUUGCAUGAGAUUAUGUGAAAAUCUUAAGAGCAUCAUGCCCAUAAAGAAGUUGGUGUAUUCAAAACGUAAUGUCUCGACUAGGCAGUAGAAGUUUGAUUAAUGGGACAUCGAUGGGUGUUUAAUGGCAUAGGAAAGGACCGAGGAACACAACUACUUUUAACAUUUAUUUCCAAUUAAACCUUAUGCUUUAUGAACGGAACGAACGCUAAUAAUUAUAACUUUCAUUUCCAAAUAAAACCUUGUGAUUUCAACCUUACCUAGAAAAGGAUUUUUAACCUAACUGACAUGAAUAAUUAUAGUAUUUUAUUUUCUUAAAUCUUACUAGUUUAACUUUAUCUAUAAACGGAAUUUUUAACGUAACAGUUACUGAUAAUUGUAACUUUUGUUUCUUUAAAACAUUUUGAUUUCAACCUUAUCUAGAAAAUAAUUCGGACAUAAACAACACUUAAAAUUAUACCUCAGCGUCAUCCCCGUAGUAAAACAAAUAACAUUUAAAGAUCAUUUUCUUUAAAGAGAAAUUCAUUUUAAUUGUUUUAGUCGAUAUUUUUAAAUAUUGUUUGAUACUGCAAUAGUUUGCUAUAAAACGUAAAUGAAAUAUAUUUUAAAAUAGUCUGGGACUUUGUUUGUUAGGUUGUAACUAUUUCCCUCUUAAUCAGUGUGACGUCAUACAGUAUUGAUCAUAAGCUCAUGUAUUGUAUGCUUGCGGGAAGGAUGGGAAUGGAAUGUGUCAUAUUCGUGUAUUUGUCUUCAAAAUAUAUGCUAUAAGACACUUGAUACGUGUUAUAAACACCUUAGUUCAUAACGGAAUAUUUUUAUGCGUGACAAUGUUAUAAAAAAGGGCUUGAAAUCCGUUUUAAACAGUAUUUUGUUUGUUACACUAGCCAAAUGUUAUUAUGAGUGUACUUAUCAUUGUACAACCUUUAUUGCAACUGAAAAUAAAUUUUCUGUUUACGAUUACACCUAAAGAUACAUUUUCUGUUUACGAUAACACCUGAAAAUAAAUUAACAUUUUAUGAUUACACCUGAAGAUACAUUUACAAUUCAAGAUUACACCUAAAGAUACAUUUACAAUUGAUGACUACACCUGAAGAUACAUUUCAAAUUCAAUCAUGAUUACACCUAAAGAUACAUUUUCUGUUUACGAUUACACCUGAAAAUAAAUUUACAUUUUAUGAUUACACCUAAAGAUACAUUUACAAUUCAAGAUUACACCUAAAGAUACAUUUACAAUUUAUGGUUACACCUGAAUAUGAAUAUACAGUUUUAUUAUUAAUAAUGCACCUGAAAGUGUGUUUAUUGUCUAAUCUUGGUUUUUGAAGUUAACUGUUAACCAAAGUAUGAAAAAGCAUUAAACAUUAGGGACACCUGUCCUAACCUCAGUUUUCUGCCAAAAAUGAUAAAUAUUUUACACCAUUUUCUUUUGAAUCGACAGUCCUGUGAAUUUUCUUGACAAAAAACAUAAGGUAAACUAUCGCAAUAUUGAUUUUAUGACAUAUAAUUACGAGGGCUUGUUAGUAAUGAAAAAAUAAGAUAUCAAUACUUUAGAAAUGUCCUGAACAAAUGUUAUUUACGAAAUAUAGGAAAAAUCCAUAUAUAGCUAUAUUGAUAUUUUUUAAACGAUAAGACAUUAAAUUAUUUGAAAUGAAAGUUACACUGUUCUUCCAUUUGCAAGACACGGGUUUGGUUUGUUAUAUUUUCAAAUAGCAUAUUAUUUUGUAGAUAAGAAUAUUAUAUAUUGUGUAUCAGCGAAAUUUAAGUGAAUGGGGAGGAAGAGUCCAUGAUGUCACCUUAUCAACUUUAUUUUGUCUAUUUAUAUGGUUUCCAUUGUACCAAAUACAUGACGUCCUCAACUUAUGUGUACACACACAAUUGACGUCAUCAAUGUAUACCAUUAAUUUUUGUUUUCCCUUUUUCAUAUUGACAAAAUAUAUAUGUUCAUUAAUUAUUCUGUAAUAUCGUUACAACUUCUUUGUUGACUAAUAAAAAAAAUGGAGUAUA